AUGUCAAAUCAAGAGAGAAAAGGGGGAAAUAAUAUUCUAUCAUUCUUUAAGCCAAGAAUUGAUAAUCCUUCAUCAUCCAAGAGGACUGAGACUAAUACAUCCAUUUCUAACGAAGAGUUCGAACCUCCUUCUAAAUCUCAAAGAGUUGAGUUUGAUGAAACUUCACUUGAACGAGAUCCUGGAUUGCGUAUUCUCAUGUGGAGACAUCCUGUUAAUCAUCGUGAUGAAAUUAGACGAGCUUAUAUCAAAAUGGGGUCAUAUCAACCCAAAUUGCAGGAGUACCCACGGUCUGAAUCAGGAAAGCAACAUCGUCGAUUUCAAUAUACAUGGUUUAAAAAAUUUCCAUGGUUAGAGUACUCUCCUUCAAAGGAUGCAGCAUUUUGUUUUCCAUGCUAUCUUUUUGAAUUAAGUGAAGCACAACAAUCUGCAUUUACAAUAGAAGGGUUUAAAAGUUGGAAACGCGUUAAUGAUGGAGCCAAGUGUGCCUUUUUGUCGCAUAUGGGAAGUUAUAACUCAGUGCAUAAUAAAUCUGCAAAAUCAGUUGUUGAUGUGAUGAAUGUAACUCAGCAUAUAGAUAAAGUUAUGAAUCGAGAAUUUUCUGAACAGAUUCAAAAGAAUCGAUUAAGACUUGCGGCAACAAUUGAGAGUGUCCGUUGGCUUAGUUUGCAAGCAUGUGGAUUAAGAGGUUAUGAUGAAUCUUCAGCUUCUCAAAAUUGUGGUAAUUUCAUUGAGAUGCUAAAACUUUUGGGAAAAUGGAAUGCUAGUAUUGGCGAUGUAAUCUUAGAGAAAGCACCGGGAAAUGCAAAAUAUACCUCACCAGAAGUUCAAAAAGAAAUCUUGCAUAUUAUUGGUAAUAGAGUCAGAAACAAAAUUCGUGCUGAAAUUGGAGAUUCUAAGUUUUGUAUUUUGGUAGAUGAAGCGAAGGAUAUAUCUAACAAAGAACAGAUGGCUAUAAUUUUGAGAUUUGUUGAUGCUCAUGGUUUUUUACGGGAGCGUUUUUUCCAAAUUGUGCAUGUUCAUGACACCACAGCUGCAACACUUAAGAAAGAAAUAUGUGAUGUCCUCACCAGAUAUAAUCUAGAAAUACACAAUAUUCGGGGUCAAGGGUAUGAUGGUGCUAGUAACAUGUGUGGUGCUUUUAAUGGGUUGCAAGCUUUAUUUCUUAAAGAUUGUCCCUAUGCAUAUUAUGUACAUUGUUUUGCCCAUCGACUCCAACUAGCGUUAGUUGCAGCUGCUGAAAAUGAGAUCUCUAUAUGGCUUUUCUUUUCAAAUUUGACGACUAUUGUUAAUCUUGUUACAUCUUCGUCCAAACGCAAUGCCGAGUUACAAUCUGCUCAAGUUAAUGAAAUUGCACGUUCUGUUGUUGCUGGUGAACGCGAGACUGGACGAGGAGCUAAUCAGAUUGGUACUUUGCAUCGAGUAGGAACUACUCGUUGGAGCUCCCAUUUUGAUUCUAUUUGCGACUUAAUAGAUAAGUAUAAUGCAACUAUUAAUGUGCUUGAAAAUAUUAUCAUUGAUGGUUCAUCUACUUCGAUGCGUGGGGAAGCUGGUGGUUCCUUAAUUGUGAUGAAAUCUUUUGAUUUUAUUUUUAUUUUGCAUUUGAUGCAUAAAAUUAUGGCGAUCACAGAUUUACUUUGUCGUGCCUUGCAACAAAAAUCUCUGGAUAUCGUAAAUGCAAUGGAUUUGGUCUCUACAACUAAAGCACUUCUUUUGACAUUGAGAAAUGAUGGUUUUGAUAUUCUUCUUUCAUAUCAAAAGGAUGCCAUCACAGUUGAGCAUCACUUUCAUUAUGAUAUAUUUAAUGCUGCAAUAGAUUUUCAAUUGGAAGAGUUAAACUCUAGAUUCAGUGAUGAGACAGUAGAACUUCUUAUGCUUAGCUCUGCUUUGGAUCCAAAAGAUAAUUUUAAUCGGUUCAACAUUGAUAAUAUUUGUAAUCUCGCUGAGAAGUAUUAUCCUGAGGACUUCACUGAACAGGAAAUCCAUAAUUUGAGAUGUCAGCUACAACAUUAUGAGCUCGAUGUGGAUUCGACCUAUAAAUACUUCGAGAUCGUUACUGUUGAUGCGGUUCAUAGUAUCAUUAUCCGCAAUGACCCAAGGAUUAACUCCAGAGUUAUCAACUUGCUUUUAUAG